GAGAGGUUGCCAAGUACAGAUUCCGUAUGAGAGCGCUCCGAGUUGUAGAGACAAGCAGACGGACACUCACACGGCCGUUGGACCAUACUUACUGCUACAUUUCAGGAAUGGGAAACCAUAUUGUUUCUGACCGUAACAACAAGAAGAUGCCACUGGGUGACGAUUGCCAUGCUUGGAAAAAGAAGACCACAGAUGUAAAGGAUCAGUAUGACUUUAAAGAGAUCUUGGGAACGGGAGCUUUCUCUGAGGUGGUCCUGGCUGAGGAGAAGGGUACCCAGAAAUUGGUGGCUAUCAAGUGUAUCCCCAAGAAGGCUUUAGAGGGCAAGGAAAACAGCAUUGAUAAUGAGAUAGCAGUCCUGCACAAGAUCAAACACGCCAACAUUGUAUCUCUGGAAGAGAUAUUUGAAAGUAAAUCACACCUCUACCUUAUCAUGCAACUUGUAUCUGGCGGGGAACUCUUCGAUCGUAUCAUAGAGAAGGGCUUCUACACGGAGAAAGAUGCCAGUAAGCUCAUUCAGCAGAUUCUGGAUGCCGUCAAAUACCUCCACGACAUGGGCAUUGUGCACCGUGACCUCAAGCCAGAGAAUCUGCUGUACUACAGCAUGGAUGAAGACUCCAAGAUCAUGAUCAGUGACUUUGGUCUGUCUAAGAUCGAGGGCUCUGGCAGUGUGAUGUCGACAGCGUGUGGAACACCUGGAUAUGUUGCCCCUGAAGUGUUGGCUCAGAAACCCUACAGUAAAGCAGUGGAUUGCUGGUCUAUUGGUGUCAUAGCCUAUAUUCUGUUAUGUGGUUACCCUCCGUUCUACCAUGAGAAUGAUGCCAAACUGUUCGAACAGAUCUUGAAGGCAGAAUACGAAUUUGAUUCUCCUUACUGGGAUGAUAUCUCUGAUUCAGCUAAAGACUUUAUAGUCCACCUGAUGGAGAAAGACCCCAACACACGCUACACCUGUGAUCAGGCUCUGCAGCACCCCUGGAUUGCCGGGGAUACUGCUCUGGAUAAGAACAUCCAUGAGUCUGUCAGUGCUCAGAUCAAGAAGAAUUUUGCUAAGAGCAAGUGGAAGCAAGCAUUCAACGCCACAGCAGUGGUCCGUCACAUGAGGCGUCUCCAGUUGGGUACCAGCCAUGAGGGACACAACCCCCCCCUGGCCAGUCUUUGCCGAACUCAUCUGCUUGAGGAAGGAGCAGAUGCUUGUUGCGACGGAGGAUGCUCCCAGACCGUCGACGGUGGAGCGGAUCCCUUGUCCAACUGCACCUACCGCUGCCACCCAACCAGCAGGGUGUGAUUUCUGCUCCACUUACUUGCCUAAUUAAUCCCAGUGACUUUUCAAAUUUUACCCCCUCGGUUGAACGGGAGGUAUCAUCUCCCCCCUUAUCUGGUUAGGAAUACAGCGUCAUUCCAACCUCUCGCCUGCAGGGGGAGCAAGUCUGUCCAGGCUGAGAAGGAAGACCUAAAAUGGGAUGAAAGGAGGAGUAGAGAGACUUGUUGAUGAUGGUGAUGAUGCACCGGAGGAUUACUUUUACAGUCUGGGAUGGUAGUUGGGAAUGAGUUAAAAUGGGGAGAGGAUACAAAGAAAGGAGGGGAAAAUAACCUCCUCCACCAGCAUGUCAGGGGGGGAUUGUUUUUUGCUGAAGCAAGACAGAGCUCGUUGAACACUGUUUUUACUCAUUUUUAUGUUCAGCCUUUCUCUUUGUUUGUUUUAUUGUUUAUUGUUUUAUACAUAUACUGUAUAUAUAUAUUUGUGUUGUCUUUUUAACAUCCUACUGUGGAGUGUAAAUCCAGAGACACUAUCUGCAUGAUGAGGAGAGCGUUUCCCCAUGCAUGUUUAUUUAUCCUAAGAAAUAUACCCUGUUGCAGAAAUGCAAUAUCACAGUACCAUGCAAAUGAUGGGGUGUUGCAUGUAAAGUUGCUAAGGCAUAGAGCAUUUUGAUGCGUUGUAGUAUUUGAAAUGAAAUUGAGUCAAAUCUUGUAAUUUUUCAGAUCUGCAUUCUGUCUUUAAGUCGUGCUUUCAGACAAUCAGUAAGAAUAGUUUAUGCAAUGAAAACUCCAUCUAUUGGCUAUGUAGCCUUUCUUGUGGCGAUAUAGUGUUUCCAUGCAGAGGUUAGGCUUUUUGAGAGGAAGCUGCUUCUCCCUUCUCUUUUUUCAACCCCAACCUCUUUAACCACUUGAGCACAGGGAUAUAUCUUUGUCUAAGGUGCCUUUAGGAUAUACAGUAUGAUGAGUUUAUUUUUGGUAGCUUCUGAAAUGUUUUGUCAAAGCAUAGACUCUUUCAGUAACUCCAUAUUUGUGUCCCAUUUUCAAUUUUAAAAGGCAGUCGUCAUUACAAUAUGAAACCAUAAUAAUGUUAAAGCCUUUCUGGAGAGCUUCAUCAGGAGUAUUUUCAAAAAGAAUCCUUCAAACACAUGUUUUUCAGUAAGUUAUUAGUAUAUUGCCAGCUCAACUCUCUCAAUGACACAUAUAAAGGAACUGUGUUGAUGUAUUUCAACAAAAAUCCUAUAGUACUAAUUUUUUUUUUUAAAACCUGCAUUUGCAAACCAGAAAAAUCAUUGAUCGGUGUAUUUAGCCAUACUCCAAACUAGGCUGAUUUAGUAGGAUUAAAUAUGUUUGUGUGAAUGCAAAAAAAGAGACUGCAACCAAAAUAUGAUAUGUGUCUGUCACCUUGUACUGUAAUCGUACCGUCACUCCAAUCCUUUUCUUUUUACAUUCUUUUACAGACUCAUGUCUUCAACAUGCAGUCUGUUUAAAAAGGAAACCUGGAUUAAAAAUGUGAAUAUGCACCAGAUUGACUCGCUUCAUCUAUACUGCAUAUCCACCGGUGCUUUUUGUGUGCAUGAAGAGUACAAUCUCUGUAUUCAUCUAACUCUUUUAUUUAAACAUGUAUAGACAAACUUAUAGCAGUGUUUGCUCUUUUACAAUGUAAAUUGUUUAGAGGAGAAUGGUGCUGAGACUAUCAGAUGUAGAAGAUGUUAAUGCAGAUUUGUUCGAAUCCUCUGUAAUUCGCUGUUGACUGCCCUAUAUGGCUCACAGAUCUCCACUAAGACAGUGAAAGUGAUGCUGAGAUCUUCCACCGACUAUAGUUUCAUCCAUCCUCUGAUGGCAACGUCCUGUCCUUAACAGGGUCACAUUUUAUUUUUAACCUUUUCUUUCUCUCUGUAUUACACCCGUAUAGACAUUCGGUACUGAUGUGAUUCGCAUGAUGUAGGAAUUUGGAAUUUGUCAAAUCCCAUGAUCAACAAUGAAUAAUGUGUACACCUCUUAUAAUGUAACAAUUGCCAUGAGAUGAGUGCUUUUAAAAAGAAAUACUUUGUCAUUCUCUUCAAGUUUGUCAUGCAGAUAAGUAAAGAGCAACAAAAGUUGUAUUAACGUUUUAACAGGUCAAAGCAAGUUCAAUGUGCUGCUUCAAAGUCUUUGAGCUUUAUUCCGCAUUCCUAUUGGAUAGGCGUUGUAGUGUAUUUGGAAAGUAAUGUAACUGGUGACUCUAAACUGUAAAGCGUAGAUAAAAGAUUUUUAUUUUUCUGAGAUUUUCAGUGUGAAUUGUUCGUACUUCAUGAAUUACUGUAACAGAGAAAGACCCAAACAAGCAGAGGAAAGCUGUGGCAUGGUGGCAAUUGUUGUCCUCAGUCUUGUCAUGUUGGCAGACUAACAAUAUCACAAUUAAUCUUCUUAAUUAAAUAAUUAAUUAAAACAACUCUGCUAAUUUGACUUAUAGCUUCAAUCAUUCAGUCAUAAAUCUCCUGUUGUCCUAUUUAACUCCUGUAAUUUGCCUACUGAUAAUUCAUUUUAAUGUAUUAAUAUACAAAGUUGUUUACAUACUUCAGCUCCUUUAGCACACUUAAUCCUAAAAGUGCUCAAAAAUGAUUCCCAAAAAAAAUUAAAAAUAAUUUGUAGGAAAAAAUCUCAAGAUAUAUUAGAAAAGUGAAACAAUUUUGUUAGCAUUCACUUUGUUAUCAUUGAGCGCUGUGAGUGAGGAUUGAACCCGCAAACCUAACUACAAUCUAAUCUUUUUGUUCUUGUGCUGUUCUUUGCUGAGGCAAAGAACCUGGAAACAGGAAACUAAAGAUUUUUACAUUCCAGUGCAAUGAACCAAAUGACGAUGAAAUACAUAACCAAGUAGUAUCCCAUUACCUCACCACUCAACCACCUUGGCAGGAAAAUAGCAGGAGUGAUAUGACAUACUGUAGGCCUAUUUCGUUCCUGGAGUUUACAAUGCAUCAGCCAGAAAGAGUUCAGUGAUUUGUGUGAAGGUUUCUCCUUUGAUCGCUCCGGAACCACUUUUAGAUUAUGACCAAUGUGUGAUAAGAUUGUUAAAUAAAUAUGUUGCCUUUUAAGAAAUGCUGUUUUGGGCUACAGUACCCGUUGUAUACACCAUAGACUUUAAAAAUAAGGAUACAUAGAUGCGAUGCAUCAUGGGUUGUUGAAAAGUGAUGAUUACUGCUCAGUGUGAAAGCCAGUGGCUUGUGCUUUAAACAGAUUUGUGAGUGAAACGUACAUUAAAUUCCCUGCUAUGCAUUA